CGAUGACGUCACCAAAUUGUUUAUUUUUGUUGGGUUGAUAGUGACAGAUAAUAAUUAUUUAUUUAAUUUAAGCACUAGUUAAUCAUAACUUUAUUGUCUUAAAAAUAAGUUAAUAACUGGAAAAAUGGUGGACCCGGCCAGAUUAAAAAUGUGGCUAAACAAAUACCAAAAUCCUGAUGCCACUUACAGAGAUAUCACCAAUGCAGUGAAUCACUAUCAGGGACUACAGCCUCAACAAGAAACUUACACAUUUGUUGAUGGUACCACCAUGGACCUUGUUAACUUAACAGGUACAAUACCAGUCACUUACAAAGGUUCUGUUUACAAUAUCCCUAUUUGUAUCUGGCUUAUUGACACCCAUCCCAAAAACGCCCCCAUUUGUUAUGUUAAACCAACCCCAGAUAUGUCUGUGAAGGUUUCAAUGUAUGUAGAUCAAAAUGGGAAAAUUUAUUUGCCCUAUCUGCACGAUUGGAUACCAAAUGCAUCAGAUUUAAUUGGGCUUAUCCAAGUAAUGGUAGUCACAUUUGGAGAACAGCCGCCAGUUUUUGCUAAACCAAAAAAUGAUAUGAUGCACAUGCCAAAACCUAGCUAUGGAGCCCCUUAUCCAAUGCAAACACCCCCAUAUCCUCCAUCUACCGGAUUCACAGGCGGUUAUCCUCCUCCAUAUCCACCUAAUACUGGCAAUUCAUUUCCCACUAGUUUUCCACCUUACCCUAACACCCCUUUUCCCCCCUUUCCUCCAACUAGUAAUUUUGGGUCAAGUAUACCAGAAAAAGGACCUAUUGGAACUGGCACUAUAAGGGAUGAACAUAUUCGUGAAUCUUUGUUGACCGCAAUAGAAGAAAAACUGGUGAGAAGAAUGAAGGAGCAAUUCUUACAAAACCAGGCUGAACUGCAAACUUUAAAAAGGACCCAGGAUGAGCUUAAACAAGGGAAAACUAAGUUGGAUGCCUUGUUGAUCAAGUUAGAAAAGGAACAAAAAGAUCUAGAUAAGAAUAUAACACUUUUAAAAGACAAGGAACAAGAAUUAAACACUGCCAUAGAAAAAAUUGGUAACCAAGAGUCUAUCGAUGUUGAUGAUGCUGUCACUACAACAGCCCCUCUAUAUAAACAAUUACUGAAUGCAUUUGCUGAAGAAGCAGCUCAUGAAGAUGCCAUUUACUAUAUGGGAGAGGCACUCAGAUGUGGUGUCAUUGACUUGGACAUCUUUUUGAAGCAAGUGAGGACUUUAUCAAGGAAACAGUUUAUGUUACGUGCCUUGAUGCAAAAAUGCAGACAAAAAGCAGGAUUGGCCAUUUAGAACAUUACAUGUUAAGGUUAUACAAUUAUUUUAUUUAAAAUUAAGGUUAUUAAAGUUGUUAUAGAGAUUAUAAUAAAAUUGUAUUAUUAGGCCAAUUUUCUUUAUAUUAUAUAUGGCUUAAUCAAUAAAUAAAUAAAAUUCUUCUAAAAAAA